AGGGAGAGAGUGCCUAGCUUCCCUCGCUGUUCUUGCCCAUACAGGUGUGCAUAAAUUGGAGGAAUGCCAGACUGAGUCACCGGUGCCUCCCUCCCCCUCUACCUGAGCUGCAAUAAAACUGUCCCUUUCUGGAAAAAGGAUCCCACUACAGCUAUCCUCACCUCAUCCUCUCUCCUCCCCUUACACCGCUGGGGAGAGAGACAGACAGGCAGAGGGAGUAACUCCUAAGAGAAAGAGGAGGAAAAGGAGUCAAUAUUUGAUCCGAGGGGACAGAUCCCAGCAAAGGUAUGUCAAGUUCAUGAGCUGCCUGCCCGCCCUGUGGAUUUAAACUUGGCAACUGAAUGGAAAAGAGAGAGAGGGGACCAAAAGAAUAAAAUAAACAGGCUAAGUGUGGAAGUCUGCUGGUGGCAGUGAAAUUCCCCGUUUGCCUUCAGAAGAAUUUCUUGGCUUGCUGUGUGGGUGACUGCUAUUUGGAUUGUUGCAGAGGAUUUGGACUUUGAAUCAGACGCAGCACUAAUGAGGAGGAAGAGGAUGGACGUGCUGCUCCAAAGGACGUGCGCCGGGCUGCUCCUGUUGGUCAUGGUCUGUGACGUAUGCCUGUGCCAAAAAAACAGAAUUAAUCGCUGCGUGGCCUCCAGAGCAAGAAGCUGCACAGAGUGUAUCCGAGUGAGCAAGGACUGCUCCUACUGCACGGACAAGACCUUCAAAGAAUCCCGAUGUGACCUGAAAGACAACCUGGUGAGCUAUGGCUGCAGCGGGGCCAGCAUUGUGUACGUGAGUGGAGAGAUGCUGGUGCAGCAGAAUUUUAGCAUCGACCUGUCUCUGAAGAAAACCCAGGUGUCCCCACAGCGGAUGUUCAUGCGGCUGAGAGCUGGUGAGGAGGCCAGCUUCAACAUGGACGUCUUCCAGCCCCUCGAGAGCCCUGUGGAUCUCUACAUCCUUAUGGACUUCUCCUACUCCAUGUCUGACGACUUGAACAACCUCAAAAAGAUGGGCCAGAAGCUAGCGGAAUUCCUGCAAGACCUGACUUCCAAUUACACCAUCGGAUUUGGCAAGUUCGUGGACAAAGUCUCGGCGCCACAAACAGACAUGAGACCUGAGAAGCUGCGAGAGCCCUGGAGGGACGCUGACUCACCCUUCUCCUUCAAGAACGUCAUCCGCCUGACCAGCAACAUCAAUCAUUUCAGCCAGGAGCUGAUGAAAGAGCGCAUCUCCGGCAACCUGGACGCCCCGGAGGGGGGCUUUGAUGCCAUCCUGCAGACGGCUGUUUGCAAGGAGAAAAUUGGCUGGCGGACUGACAGCACUCACCUGCUGGUGUUCUCCACCGAGUCCGCCUUCCACUAUGAAGCUGACGGCACCAACGUCCUGUCAGGGAUCCUGCCGAGGAAUGAUGAGCAGUGUCACCUGAACCGAGUGGGCACCUACACCUACGAUACCCGGCAGGAUUACCCCUCCGUGCCCACCCUGGUGCGCCUGCUGGGCCAGCACAACAUCAUCCCAAUCUUUGCCGUCACCAACCACUCCUACAGCUACUACGAGAAGCUGCACAAGUAUUUCCCCCUCUCAGAAAUCGGGGUGCUGCAGGAAGACUCCUCCAAUAUCGUGGAGCUGAUUCGCGUGGCUUUCGAGCGUAUCCGUUCCAAGAUGGACAUCCGGGUUGACUCAAUCCCUAAGUCCAUGAAGACAGAAGUUACCUCCUUGAAAUAUAAAAAGAUAGAGUCUGGCUCGUUCCAUGUCACUCGCGGGGAAGUGGGCAGCUUCAAGGUGCAUGUGAAAGCUUAUGAGUAUGUGGGCAGGGAGCACGUCUGCGACCUCCCCAAGAAAGAGCAGCAGGGGGUAAUCCACGUGAAGCCCUCCUCUUUGAGUGACAGCCUGAAAAUCGACGUCUCCGUCAUCUGUGACGUUUGCCCCUGCGAACAGCAAAAGAUGGUUAGAUCGUCCGUGUGCAAUUUCAACGGGGACUUCGUCUGUGGGCAGUGCGUCUGCUACCCGGGCUGGCGAGGGGACAUGUGUGACUGUUCCAUAGCCUCUUCCAGUGACAACCAGGCCUGCAUCCGCCCUGGAGACUCAGAGCCCUGCUCGGGGCGGGGCGAGUGCCUCUGUGGGAAAUGCCAGUGCUAUUCUGAGGACCUGACCCAGCGCUACGAGGGUGACUUCUGCCAGUUCGACAACUUCCAGUGCCCACGCACCUCUGGCUUCCUCUGCAAUGAUCGUGGUCGCUGCUACAUGGGUCAGUGUGCAUGUGAAAGUGGCUGGGGGGGCCCUGGCUGUGAAUGCCCCACAAGCAAUGACACCUGCAUCGACAGCAACGGGGGGAUCUGCAAUGGCCGUGGGAGAUGUGAAUGCGGCAGGUGCAUCUGCGACAAGCCUUCUCGGUACACUGACCUCACCUGUGAAAUCAGCUACUCCCUGGGCGUGCUGGGGGUGUGCGAAGACAUUCGAAGCUGCGUCCAGUGCCAGGCCUGGGGGACGGGGGAGAAGAAGGGGCAGAACUGCAAGGACUGCUCUUUCAAGAUCCAGAUGGUGGAUGAACUGCAAAAAGCGAAGGAGGUGAACGAGUACUGCUCGUUCCAGGACGAGGAGGACGACUGCACGUACCGCUACACCCUGGAAGGGGAUCCCAGCACGGUGCACAACAACACCAUCCUGGUGCAGAAGAAGAAAGAGUGCCCACCAGGAAGCUUCCUGUGGCUCAUCCCCCUGCUCAUUUUCCUGAUGUUACUCCUGGGGUUGCUGCUGCUGCUCUGCUGGAAGUACUGUGCUUGUUGCAAGGCUUGCCUGGCCCUGCUGCCCUGCUGUGCACGAGGCCGCACUGUCGGGUUCAAAGAGGAUCACUACAUGCUGCGGCAGAGCCUCAUGGCUUCGGACCACCUGGACACCCCCAUGGUGCGCACCGGCUCCCUGAAGGGCAGGGACACCGUCCGCUGGAAGAUCAACAACAACGUCCACAAGCCGGGCUUCUCCUCCCACGUCACCACAACCCCCAAGGAGCUGAUUCCUUACGGCAUCUCGCUGAGACUGGCCCGGCUUUUCACCCAGAAUCUCAUGAAACAGGACAGCCGGGAAUGUGAGCAGCUGCGCAAGGAGGUGGAGGAGAACCUGAACGAUGUUUACAAGCAGGUGUCCGGUGCCCACAAACUCCAGCAGACCAAGUUCAGGUUGCAGCCCAAUGCUGGGAAAAGGCAGGACCACACGAUUGUGGACACAGUGCUCACCGCUCCCCUUUCGGCCAAGACUGAGAUUGUGAAAGUGACGGAGAAACAUGUCUCUCAGGAGGCUUUCAAUGAGCUGAAGGUGACGCCGGGUUACUAUACUGUGACCUCUGACCAAGAUGCCCACGGGAUGGUGGAGUUCCAGGAAGGUGUGGAGCUGGUGGAUGUCCGGGUCCCACUCUUCAUCAGGGAGGAAGACGACGAUGAGAAGCAGUUGCAGGUGGAGGCAAUUGAGGUCCCCACGGGGACAGCGGCGAUUGGACGCAGGCUCGUCAAUAUCACCAUCAUCAAAGAGCAAGCCAGCAGCAUCAUCACCUUUCUGCAGCCAGCCUACUCUCACAGCCGCUUCGACCAGGUGGCCAGAAUCCCUGUGCGUCGGGAGAUCUUGGAAAACGGAAAAUCCCAGAUCACCUACAGAACUCGCGAUCUCACCGCCGAGGAUGGCAAGGACUACAUCUUCGCAGAGGGCGACUUGGUCUUUCAGCCUGGGGAGAUGCAGAAGGAGGUGCAGGUGGCGCUGCUGGAGCUGACCGAGAUCGAUGCCCUUCUGCAGAACCGCCAGCUCAAACAGUUUGCCGUGGAUCUGCUCAACCCCAAGUACGGCGCCAAGAUCGGCAAAUACCCGCAGACCACGGUGACCAUCACUGACCCAGAGGUUGUGGACGGCAUACAGAUCCCAAUUGGCCUGGGCCAGUUCCCUCAGUCUCCCAGAGGCAAGCUGGGUGCGCCGCUCAAUCCGAACGCCCAAGCUCUAAGCUCCAGGAAAAUCCGCUUCAACUGGUUACCACCGCCUGGCAAACCCACAGGGUACAAGGUGAAGUACUGGAUCCAAGGGGACCCUGAGUCGGAGGCCAGGCUGAUCAAUUCCACGGUGCCGUCAGCAGAGCUGAAUAACCUAUACCCCUACUGCGACUAUGAGAUGCAGGUCUGCGCCUACAGCAACAUGGGCGAGGGGCCCUACUCGGAUAUCACCCACUGCCGCACCUUGGAGGAUGUUCCCAGCGAACCUGGGCGUCUGGCUUUCAACGUCGUCUCUUCCACUGUGACGCAGCUGAGUUGGGCUGAGCCUGCUGAGACCAACGGGGAGAUCACGGCCUAUGAAGUCAGCUACGGACUUGUCAAUGAGGACAACGUUCCCUUUGGGCCCAUGAAGAAAGUCCUGGUUGAGGAGCCGAAGAAGCGCAUGGUUCUGAUUGAAAACCUGCGGGAGUCGCAGCCGUACCGCUACACGGUGAAGGCCAAGAAUGGAGCCGGCUGGGGGCCUGAGCGAGAAGCGACGAUCAACCUCGCCACCCAGCCCAGGCGCCCAAUGUCCAUUCCCAUCAUCCCCGACAUCCCGAUCAUCGAUGCUGAGGGCGGCGAAGACUACGACAGCUACUUGAUGUACAGCGCGGACGUGAUGCGCUCCCCGUCCGGCAGCAAGCGCCCCAGCGUCUCCGACGACUCCGGCUCCAGGUGGAAAUAUGUGCAGCUGCUGGGGGAGGACUUGGACCUUCGCCGCAUCACCUGGAGGCUCCCAGCCGAAAUGAUCCCCCGCCUCUCUAGCAGCAGCUGCUUCUCCUCGGACACCGAGGGUCUCCUCCCCGAGGAUGGCUCCCACUCUGAGCAGUUGGACAGCGACACAGCCGGCGGCAGCCUGACGAGGAGCGCGACGCCCCGGCCCCAACCAGAGCAUCUGCCGAAUGGCCGGAUGGAUUUCACCUUCCCCGGCAGUGGGGGCACCCUGAACAGGACCUUGAAUGCCACCUAUAACCAGCUGGCCUCACAUGUGCACCAGGAGAGGAGGCUGAUGGGCAGCUCGUCUCUGACCAGAGAUUACAGCACAAUGACCUCAGGAUAUGCCCAGCCAGGGAGGAUUCUCCCUUCCAUACAUGAAGAUCCUGGCAGGAUGGCCCUGCUGCCCCAAGAUGUAGGUGUCAGGAGCAGGGCAAAGGUGAAGGGUUCCUACGCCAGCAAUGGCUUUCGGGAUUCUAUAAUCAUGACUGAUGGGUCCACUGGGAUUGCCAAGUAUAUAGAUUCCAGAAUGGCCCUGGGCAUCCCCGACACUCCCACCCGCCUGGUGUUCUCUGCGCUGGGGCCCACCUCCCUGAAAGUCAGCUGGCAGGAGCCGCAGUGCGAGAAAGAGGUGCAAGGAUACAGCGUCCAGUACCAGCUCCUCAGUGGAGGAGACGUGUAUAGACUGAGCAUCCCCAACCCCACUCACAACUCAGUGGUGGUGGACAACCUGCUGCCAAACCACUCCUACAUAUUCAAGGUGAAGGCCCAAAGCGAGGAGGGCUGGGGCCCCGAGAGAGAGGGCGUCAUCACCAUUGAGUCCCAGGUGGAUCCGCAGAGCCCGCUGAGUCCUGUACCAGGUUCACCGUUUACACUGAGCACCCCCAGUGCGCCAGGACCCCUGGUGUUCACUGCCCUGAGCCCGGACUCGCUUCAGCUCAGCUGGGAGAGACCCCGCAAGCCCAACGGGGCCAUUCUGGGCUACAUGGUCACGUGCGAGAUGCUGCAUGGAGGAGGGGAACCCAGGAAUAUCUAUGUGGAGGGGGACAACCCAGAAACCUCCUUGACAGUGCCCUACCUGAGUGAGAACAUCCCCUACAAGUUCAAAGUGCAAGCCAAGACCACCCAAGGGUUUGGGCCAGAGAGAGAGGGCAUCAUCACCAUUGAGUCUCAAGAUGGAGGAGCUUUCUCACAGUUCGGAGGGCAGCAAUACAUGAGAGAGGAAGUGUACAACCUCCCUGCGGAAUACAACACCACCAUCAGCCACUCCUCUCUGGAGCCCUACUACACAGAUGGCAUGUUGAUGACCACCCAGCGGGUGGAGAGCAGUGGCACCCUCACCAAGCAGGUCACCAAAGAGUUCGUCAGUAGGACCAUGAUGUCCAGCGGAACACUCACCAAACAGUUGGAGACACAGUUCUUCGAAGCUUGAGCUGGGGAGCGGCUGCCAAAGGGGUGUGCGUGUUCAGACUGCAGAGCUUUUCGGGCGGGCUCAUGCUAUGGUCAGCUUCCAGGCUCUGGGCUGCCGUGCCCACCCAACCCCACCUGGGCAUAGAACUGCAGUGGCACUUGACGCGCUGGUCAUUCCUUUGAAGCCCACCGCCGUGGAGGCGGCAAGUCAGCGGAUGGGGUGGCAAGCGUGUGAUUGGCAUUUGGAGCUCUCCGUUUCUGGGCUGGCCGGCCUAGGAUCUCCACUGAGUGGUCUGUCGCAGCGGCUUCUCGGUGCAGGGUCAUUGGCCAGCCAUUUGUGGAGUCCCGUGUAGUAUAAUCCUUACCGGCUGACUUUGUGUGUAUGUGCUGCCUACCCACUCUCACACCGCUGGCCUCCCGCUGGGACUCUGAUUGCACUGGGCUUUGGUCUGUAUUUAAAUGUCCGUCUCCUCCUCUGCCUUGUGUGCUACCUGUCAUGCAUGGUCAUUUUUAUUUUUCCAACCUGCUUUUCCCCCUGUUCGUUUCACCAGUGGGAGGCAACUCCCUUGUGCUCUGCAAAUGUGCACAGGUCUAUGGUUUAUGAGCCUGUGUUGCAAUGUAGAUGGUCAGGGUAAUGGCUGCAUGCCUACCGCACCUGUUUGUGUAAAGCCCCCUGCUGCUAAUGUGUGGUACUGCAGUAACAAAUUAUAGCCUUCAUUUGCAUAGCAUUACCCACAAUGCUCUAUGAUGCAAUUUUGCUUAACUCUUGUACAGUUUUCCUCGUAUAUAUAAAUAUAUUUUAUUAUUUUAUAAAGAAACCUAAGUAGAUGAGAUCUACAAUGAGCAUUAAGGACACACAGCUUUUGGGAAACAUUUGUCAUAGCAGAGACCUGUUAAGGAGCCUGAUCCAAAGGCAAUGGGAAAACACCCAGUGACUUCAAUGGGCUUUAGAUCAGUACCUAAAUCCUCCACUGUUGAUUUCUGCAGUACAGCAACCCACCCCUCUCAAUCAUCCCAGAUCGAGGAGCUUGUGUACUGCAAAGCCUACAACAGUCCAGUCUUACUGUAGUUCCAGCACACACUUGGGCGAAGGGCAAGUAAAGCCUGGAGGCCUACAAGGGAAGAAUCAGAAUGGCUAGUUCAGUGGCGUAGGAGCGGAAGAAGUGUACUAGAAACGGGUAAUAUUUUUGUUUUCUUGAAAGACCAACUUGGUUAUAAACCUAAGACCCCCAAAUCCUUAUCGGUGUCACUUUCCCCCCAGUGGAACUUUAGUGCAGCUUAGGCAGAUAACAUUGCGUGACUUGUAAAGGCCUUUGAUCCCCUGCCCAGAAUACUCUCUGUAGUGUAUUACAUUCCACUGUCACCCAGUAACUACAAGGUGACAGCAGAGAGAGAAGUGGGGGCAGGACUGUCUCUCUCCUUUACAGUGGAUGAACUGUUAGCCUCAGCCCCGUAGUUCUUUCCCCAGCAUCAGCCAUUCUCAGACCACAUCAGGGCCUAGAGCUGUACUGGAACCCUGCCGUGCAUGGCUACCGCUUGGUGGCAAGGCUGCGGCUGCAUGAACCAAGUCGCUCCGAUGGUCCUGCUACCCAAGGCUGAGGGCAGUAGGGGCUGUCAUGCGUCUGACCAUUGUCCAGUGAGCCUUUACUAGCGUUAUUGCUGUGUGUCUGGCUUCUGGGUCGAUGAGGCAUCCUAGCAUCUUGCCAUACCCUUUGCUGAGUUCCCUCCCUACUACUUCCCAACCCAGUGGUGCUGGAAUCUCUGUAUGUUCACUUUCCCUAGGGCAUUCGUGGCAAUGGGUGGGGGGAGGGGGAGCUUCGCUUUUCUGUCCCACAUGCCUCUGCAAACACUGCACUGUUAUGCCAGCGGGGUGACUCGUUCGUACAUUUCACUUCCCAACCUUCUCCCCGAGGGGGGUGUCUUUGAAGCGAGCGAUUCUGAUGAUAAUGUACAGUACUAACUGCAGGGCUUGUGCGCUCAGUUCCAUAGCCACACAUCCAACCCAGCUGUGCCGAUGUUUAAUAUGGCUAUUAACCUAAAGACUUAAGGGGAGAUUUGCAAAGGCCCAAAGGGCAGUUAAGUACCCAUCUCCCAUGGGAAGUCGGUGGGAAUUGGGCAGCUCCUAUUUAUGCUGUUGAAAAUCUCCCCCUAAGCCCUUCCAGGCCGUUGCACAGCGUUAGCUGGCUAACCAAGAGCUGAGGCAGCAUGGGCCAAAAGCUAGAGAUGUGGACUGGGAGGCAAAACCCCUAGGGGGUUCUAGCCCCGGCUGCACCACUGACUCCUUCCCUGAGCUUGGGCAAGACACUUAACACCCUGGUGCCAUGUGGCAUAUUUGUCAGAUGGGGAUGGUAGGACCCACCGUUGAAAUCUACCACUGAGAAAUGCUCUUGAAUUGCCUCUUGUUUGACACUUGGCUCUGAAGGGGUCUGAGCGUGGACUGGUUCAACUUCACCCUCAGCCAACUAGCAGGGGAGCUGCUCCUGAGCAUUUGGGAAACUUCCUAGUAAGAACGGCAGCUCCCCCCUUUCAUGGGUAAGGCCAGUUUUCAAAGGCUGUGGAACAAAAACAAUAGUUGCCCUUAUUCCCUGGAGGUGUCAUUGGUUUUAUUAAAGCAGACUAUGGAACUUCUCUGCCAUUCCUCGAGAACCAGGGAGCGCUCCCAGGACAGACCAUUUCAAGGGCUCAAUCUUGCACCUGGCUUCAAUGGGAAUUUUGCCACUGAUUUCCAUGUGAGCCAGACCCCUGUGUGUGUGUGUGUGUGUGUGUGUGUGUGAUUAAUAUACACACGUUCUCCCCAUUGUGCAUGACCAUCCUGUCCUAAACCUAGAUGGGAACUGGGGCUAAUUUAGUUUUUGAUCUAAAUACAAGAAGCCUGGUCUGUUAGAAACUAAACCAAAUGUGGUUUUACACAGCCCAUUAGCAAUAUUUAGUUACUGAAUGAAUGUCCAGUUGGCCUUAUUUCAGUUCCUGGAUUCCAGGGCUCUCGGCCACUACUUUUUUUCCCCUAGACAUGGACAUAUUUUCAGCUAAAGUGGCACUUCACCAACACCACACCAUGUUGACUCUAGCCUCCCGUCGCUGUGCAUCACAGUGCUUUGUACUGUCGUUAUAACACCCUGCUUCGCUGCCACAGGAGAGUUCAUACAAUAAUUGUAACCAAAGAUUUAAUUCCGUUUAUCUGGGGCAGAAUGCAGCCUGUUGGCUGAUCCCAAUUCUAACAACCUGCCCUUUUAAAAGGUUUGUACGGAAGAGCCACAAUAGAACAUAACCACUUUUUUGUAGCUUUCAUGAGAUAAGUACAAUUGUUGGCACAUGAAUAUUUCCGGUGUGUACCAAGGAAGAGUCUGUCCGCAGGUGUUCUGGACCACCUGGCUUUAUAUUGCACUUAAUAAACAAUUUUCUCUAUA